CCCGGCCCGCCGCCGGGCCCGGGGCAGGCCCGCCCCCGACGCCGAGGCGGCCGCGCCGAGCCUGCGAGAGCCAGAGCGAGAGCGCGGGCCGCCGGCACGGACCCUCCCGCGCCUCUGCCCAGGCCGCCGCCGCCGCCGCCGCAGCCGCCCGUUUCCCUGCUUCUCACACCGGGAACCACUUUUCCUCAGUUUGCCAGUCUGCGACCAGGACAGAAAGGUGAAGGCCGGAAGAGGAGAGCUGCCUUUGCCACUCCCUGGAAGGGAGGGAGGAAUCGUGGAGUCUUGGACUUGAUGGAAACCGUGGAGGCACUCUGGUCCGGCUUCCUCCCCAGCCAGUGAGGGAAGCCGUUGUGCAGCUCCCUGAGACCUCACCCACCCAUCCUUGCUCAGAACCGCCAGGGAUGCGCUGCCCCCUGAGAGCCUCUCCUGCUGUUCCUUAGGAGGACAGGUCGCUGCCACUGCCACUACUUCUGUCAACCUCAUUUUGACUUUAUGGAUCUUUCCCUGAUGUGAAGCUCCCUCCCCGGACACCACUGUAGUCAGGUCAGCGUCCUGUAGCUUGGAGACCUUGGUUCAUUCCAGCACAGGCCCCUGCCUGAAGAGAGCCCCAGCCCGGCCCGGCCCUACCUGCUUCCUGGGGCAAGGCUGCCAAGUCUUCCCCCGUCGCGACAGUUCACUUAACUCAUGGUGUGAGUGGCACGUGGCUGGCUUAGGUGUUUGGAGAGUGAACGCCAGGUCCCCCCCCUUGUCCCUUCAGCCCCUCGGACCUUGAGGAUACACCUGGCUCCACAAUGGCAGCAGAGACCCUCAAUUUUGGGCCUGAGUGGCUGAGGGCCCUUUCCAGCGGUGGCAGUGUGGCCUCUCCACCCCCGUCCCCUGCCAUGCCCAAAUACAAGCUGGCUGACUAUCGCUACGGGCGAGAAGAGAUGCUGGCUCUCUACGUCAAGGAGAACAAGGUACCCGAUGAGCUGCAGGACAAGGAGUUUGCUGCGGUGCUGCAGGAGGAGCCACUGCAGCCCCUGGCGCUGGAGCCUUUGACUGAGGAGGAGCAGAGAAACUUCUCCCUGUCAGUGAACAGUGUGGCUGUGCUGAGGCUGAUGGGGAAGGGGGCCGGCCCCCCCCUAGGUGGCGCCUCCCGCGGCAGGGGCAGCACUCGGAGCCGAGGCCGAGGCCGUGGUGACAGUUGCUUUUACCAAAGAAGCAUCGAAGAAGGCGAAGGGGCCUUUGGUCGAAACCCCCGGGAGAUCCAGCGUAGCCAGAGUUGGGAUGACAGAGGCGAGAGAAGGUUUGAGAAGUCGGCCAGGAGGGAUGGAGCGCGAUCCGGGUUUGAGGAGGGAGGGGCUGGCCCGAGGAAGGAACAUGCCCGCUCAGAUAGCGAGAACUGGCGUUCUCUCCGAGAGGAGCAAGAGGAAGAGGAGGAAGGCAGUUGGAGACUUGGGGCAGGACCCCGGCGAGAUGGCGACCGCUGGCGCUCGGCCAGCCCUGAUAGCGGUCCCCGCUCUGCUGGCUGGCGGGAACAUGGGGACCGGCGUCGCAAGUUUGAAUUUGAUAUUCGAGGGGAUCGAGGAGGGUGUGGUGAAGAGGAGGGGCGGGGUGGGGGAGGCAGCGCUCACCUGCGGAGGUGCCGAGGGCCUGACGGCUUUGAGGAGGACAAGGAUGGGCUCCCCGAAUGGUGCCUGGACGACGAGGAUGAGGAGAUGGGCACCUUUGAUGCCUCUGGGGCCUUUCUGCCUCUCAAGAAGGGCCCCAAGGAGCCUAUUCCUGAGGAGCAGGAGCUCGACUUCCAGGGCCUGGAGGAAGAGGAGGAAGAACCUUCUGAAGCGCUAGAUGAGGCGGGCCCUGAGGCGGGAGGGAAGGAGCUGACCCCACUGCCUCCCCAGGAGGAAAACUCCAGCUCCCCACCCCCACUGCCCACCUUGGGCCCGCUCUGGGGAACUAACGGGGAAGGCGACGAUGCUACAGAGAAAGACCUGCCGGCGACUGAAGACGAUAUGAGGGGGAUGCAGCUGAGUCCCGGGGUGGGCUCACCCCCUGGUCCACCCGGAGAUCUGGAGGAUGAUGAAGGCCUGAAGCACCUGCAGCAGGAGGCAGAGAAGCUGGUGGCCUCCCUGCAGGACAGCUCCCUGGAGGAAGAGCAGUUUACGGCUGCCAUGCAGGCCCAGGGUCUGCGCCACUCAGCAGCUGCCACUGCCCUCCCUCUCAGCCACGGUGCGGCCCGGAAGUGGUUCUACAAGGACCCACAGGGGGAGAUCCAAGGCCCCUUUACAACACAGGAGAUGGCGGAGUGGUUCCAGGCGGGCUAUUUUUCCAUGGCACUGCUUGUGAAGCGGGGCUGUGAUGAGGGCUUCCAGCCACUGGGUGAGGUGAUCAAGAUGUGGGGUCGCGUGCCCUUUGCCCCGGGACCCUCACCACCCCCACUGCUGGGCAACAUGGACCAGGAGCGGCUGAAGAAGCAGCAGGAGCUGGCGGCCGCGGCCUUGUACCAGCAGCUGCAGCACCAGCAGUUUCUGCAGCUGGUCGGCAGCCGGCAGCUCCCGCAGUGCGCGCUCCGGGAAAAGGCCGCUCUGGGGGACCUGACGCCGCCCCAGCAGCAGCUCACUGCGUUCCUACAGCAGCUCCAAGCUCUCAAACCGCCCAGAGGCGGGGACCAGAACCUGCUCCCGACCAUGAACCGGUCCUUGUCGGUGCCGGAUUCGGGCCCCCUCUGGGACAUACAUACCUCAGCCUCAUCACAGUCAGGCGGUGAGGCCAGUCUUUGGGACAUACCAAUUAACUCUUCGACUCAGGGUCCAAUUCUAGAACAACUCCAGCUGCAACACAAAUUCCAAGAGCGCAGAGAAGUGGAGCUCAGGGCGAAGCGGGAGGAGGAGGAGCGCAAGCGGCGGGAGGAGAAGCGCCGGCAGCAGCAGCAGCAGCAGGAGGAGCAGAAGCGGCGGCAGGAAGAAGAGGAGCUGUUUCGGCGCAAGCAGGUGCGGCAGCAGGAGCUCCUGCUGAAGCUGCUGCAGCAGCAGCAGGCAGCGGCCGCCGUCCCGGCGUCCCCCGCACCCAGCUCCCCGCCACCGUUGUGGGCCGGCCUGGCCAAGCAGGGGCUGUCCAUGAAGACGCUGCUGGAGCUGCAGCUGGAGGGCGAGCGGCAGCUGCAUAAGCAGCCCCCGCCUCGGGAGCCGUCGCGGGCCCAGGCCCCCAACCACCGUGUGCAGCUCGGGGGCCUGGGCGCUGCUCCUCUGAACCAGUGGGUGUCUGAGGCUGGGCCACUGUGGGGCGGGCCCGACAAGAGUGGGGGCAGCAGCGGUGGCCUGGGGCUCUGGGAGGACACCCUCAAGAGCAGCGGGAGCCUGGCCCGCAGCCUGGGCCUGAAGAACAGCCGGAGCAGCCCGUCUCUCAGUGACUCGUACAGCCACCUGUCAGGCCGGCCUGUGCGCAAAAAGACAGAGGAGGAAGAGAAGCUGCUGAAGCUGCUCCAGGGCAUCCCCAGGCCCCAGGACGGCUUCACCCAGUGGUGUGAGCAGAUGCUGCACACAUUGAGCACCACAGGCAGCCUGGACGUGCCCAUGGCUGUAGCGAUCCUCAAGGAGGUAGAAUCCCCCUACGAUGUCCACGAUUAUAUCCGGUCCUGCUUGGGGGACACGCUGGAAGCCAAAGAAUUUGCCAAACAGUUCCUGGAGCGGAGGGCCAAACAGAAAGCCAGCCAGCAGCGGCAGCAGGAGGCUUGGCUGAGCGGCGGCUCCCUGCAGACAGCCUUUCAGACCAACCACAGCACCAAACUCGGCCCUGGGGAGGGCAGCAAGGCCAAGAGGCGGGCUCUGAUGCUGCACUCGGAUCCCAGCAUCUUGGGGUACUCCCUGCACGGACCUUCUGGUGAGAUCGAGAGCGUGGAUGACUACUGACCAGCCCGUCCCACCAGCCCCUGGGCUGUAGGCCAGGGGCAGCAGCAGCGGCUUGGACCCUUGGGUCCCCAGCCUGCAGGCUCCCCACGGGAGCAUAGGAGGAAGCAGGGGCAGGGUCCCCAGCACUUGUUACAAACCACACGAUGCACCUUAACUCACCCACCACGAGGCACUUUACAGAUUGGGGGGGAAGGGUUUUUGGUUUUUUUUGUUUUUUGGGUUUUUUUUUUUGUUUGUUUUGUUUUUUAAAAAGCAUUUUAAACCGCAUUGAAGAAAACUGUUAGGAGAGACAAAAAAAAAUUGUUAAAAACUAGACUCUAAGCACCCCUUCCCCCUGUAGGGACAGUGAGGGUGACAAUGGAAGGUCCACAGAGGUCUUUUGGGGUUUUUUUUGUGUAUGUGUGUGUGUGUGUGUAUGUGUGUGUUUUGUUUUUUGUUUUUGUUUUUUAAGAAAAAAGAAAAUGGAAAAAAAAAAAAAGGUUAGGAGAUUUAAGGAAAAAAACACACUGUUAUUUUGGGGCAGUGGGGACACAGGCCCCAUGGACCUGUCCUGCCUGGCCCCCAAGGCUGCACUUACCCUCCCUGCCCCGCAGAGUGGGCCAUUGGGGUAACUGGAAGCUGGGGUGCCAGCAGUUUGCACAGCGAGGCCCCCUCAGCCCCGCCGGCCGGACCCGCUGUGAACGGCUCCCUUUGUUGCUGUGACCAUGGCAGAGGUGUCCGUGGUGGGGGCCAAAGUAGCCCCUUGGCUUUGCUGCUUUAGGGGAAAGUUGCACAAAUGGGCCGGGCCGCCUCAGCUCUCUAGGCUGCCAUCCUGUGCUGGCUGACGGUGGGGAGGGGGAGAGGGCCAGCCGGUGCCAAUCUCUUCUGGCCGUCAGGGUGACGGAACUUCCACUCUGGCCCUGGUGAGGGGCUUCCCCCACUGCUGCCAUUUGGGGGGACGGCCUGGGUGUGAAGCUGAAAGCCUCAGCUCCCUGCCUUGCCACAUGAAUGUAUUCUUUGGGCCACAAGCCCCUGCUGCGCCUUCUGCCUCAACCCCGUGCGAGGUGGGAGUAGAGCAGUUCCUCCGGGAGCUGGAGAGAGAGGCACCACUUACUGACUGUUUUCUCCUGUGAAAGGGGCAAGAGGAGGGCCUAGGAGGCCAAGGGAGUGGGCAGCAUGGGGCUUCGGGUUGCAGUGUGGGGGCUGUCAGAAUGGAGCUCCCCCCGCCUGCAGCCAGCUGUGUGGGAAGUGGACCACCCAGCCCUGCUCUGAACCCCCCCCCCCCCCCAUUGACCAAAUGGGAGAGGAGCCGGUGGCCUCUCCCCCUCCCUGCUCCCCUGAUGCGUUUUUAAUGUUGGGUAAGGUGUGGGGGUCAAGAAUAGAAGUGUUGUCUCUCCUGGGUCAGGGGAAGGCCACCCUUCUGUUGCUCACCAACUUCUCAUUCCCAAUCACCUGCCUGGGUUUGUCUCCAUUUGUGUGUGUUUUUCUUUUCUUUUCUUUUUUUUUUAACAGUUUGUUGUAUCUUUUGGGUUUCUCAUCUAACUUCUCCCAUUGACCUCAUUGCUCAGAGUGCAGUAUUAGGGCAGGAAUCUGCCACUGCCUCCCCUCCAUGAAUGUAUUUGUCCUUCCUGCCCUGGGGAAAUGGGGAGUGGCCCAUUUUCUUUCCCCAUCCAUUCUUAGACCACAUUUUUUUUGUUCUUUUUUUGUUUUGUUUUGUUUUGUUUUGCACCAAAGUGGCAACUGGGUCAGUGUUGGGGGAUAAAGCUGGCCUCGGGGGUGGAGGGGCACCCUCCACCUGCUUCUCCCUGGUUUCAACAGUGUUAGCGUCCGUGAAAAGACAAUAUUCUCUCUAAAGCAAUAAGGGGGUGAUGGGCCAGGGGGAAAUGUCUUGCUGCUGCUGGCCCCCCAGCUCCCCCCUUCCUCACGCCAGUAUUUGGCAGCAUUAGAGGUGUCGGGGGAGUACUGUUGUGACUGAAUGUAACCGCCCCCACCCCUGCCGCAGCCAAUGCAGGGGAGGGGGGUGACACUCUUCCCUGUUUCUUCCUUCCCCUUCCCCCCAGCUAAAGAGACUUUGAACUUAGGGGGCCCUUGAGCCUGGAGAGGCCUUAACCCUGUGAGGAAGUGUAGGGGGGGCCCUCUCCCACCCCCAUCCCCUUCUGAGAGUGGUCAAUGUUUACAAGCCCCUGAGCCCCCCAGCCCAGGGACUCCACCCCCAUUGCUGUCCUUUCCCACCCGUCUUCCUGGGCCCCAGCUGCUCUCCCACCCUCCUGGGUUGGGGUGGGUGCAGGGGCUGUUCUGUAUCCCCUUGUCUGCCUUGGACCCACAAUCUCCCCCACCCUCACCCUGUGUGACUCCCCUCUCUUCUACCUGCCCCUGUAAAUAUUCCCCUUCCCCCAAUAAAACUUGGUGUGUGUUCUCCCCUCUUGA